AUGACUGCUCUUUCUUCCGGGAACUGCUCUUUUCAGUACCAGUUACGUCAAGCAAAUCGGUCCCUAGAUGGUAACUGUCUGCUAUUCUUGAUAAUACUUGGGAAAGUAUUACUAAAUACCCUCACACUAGGAAUGAGAAGAAAAAACACCUGUCACAAUUUUAUGGAGUAUUUUUGCUUUUCACUAGCAUUCAUUGAUUUUUUACUUCUAGUAAACAUUUCCAUUAUAUACUACUACAGAGAUUUUGUACUUUUAGGUGUUAGGUUUACUAAAUACCACAUCUGCCUAUUUACUCAAAUUAUUUCAUUUACUUACGGUUUUUUGCAUUAUCCGGUUUUCCUGAUAGCUUGUAUAGAUUAUUACCUGAAUUUCUCUAAAACUCCAAAGCUUGCAUUGAAAUGCAAAAAAAUAUUUUAUUUCUUUACAGUAAUUUUAAUUUGGAUUUCAGUCCUUGCUUAUGUUUUGAGGGAUCCAGGUAUCUAUCAAAGCCUGAAGGCGGCACAGAGUGUUUAUUCUUAUCAAUGUCCUUUCUACAUUAGCAUUCAGAGUUACUGGCUGUCAUUUUCCAUGGUGAUGAUUUUAUUUAUGGCUUUUAUAACCUCUUGGUCAGAAGUGAUUGCCUUGGUGCAGGCUGUUAGGAUGACUUCCUAUAUGAAUGAGACUAUUCUGUAUUUUCCCUUUUCUUCCCAUUCUAGUUAUACUCUGAGCUCUAAGAAAGCACUCUUGCCCAAGUUCAUUAUCUGUUUUCUCGGUACCUGGCUACCAUUUGUACUACUUCAAGUAAUUAUCCUUCUACUUAAAGUACAGAUUCCAGCAUAUAUUGAGAUGAACAUUCCGUGGUUGUACUUUGUCAAUAGUUUUCUCAUUGCCACAGUUUACUGGUUUAAUUGUCACAAGCUUAAUUUGAGAGAUGUUGCAUUACCUGCGGAUCCUUUCGUCAACUGGAAAUGCUGCUUCAUUCCACUUACAAUUCAUAAUCUUGAGCAAAUUGAAAAGCCUAUAUCAAUAAUAAUUUGUUAA